UCGGCUGCAGCAUGUCUCCUCUCUCUGCAAAAUCACGCAUGUAGAGACUCCUCAGCUUCACUCGUCUACGUAUUCGCAAUGCCCGAUCAUAGGAUGGCCUCGAGCUCACGCCAGACUUCUAGGCGGAUUUCUAGAGACUUCAGGCGCAUGUUACUGUUAAUAAUCGGAUCCGUUUGUGUUGCUGCAAUCAUAGUAAAUGCUGAGAAGAUCUCCUACUUGUUCCGCCCUCUGUGGGAUACUCCUCCACUCCCAUUUGAGCACUAUUUACCACAUUAUUACGCAGAAAACGUUUCAAUGGACCAUCUAUGCCGUCUCCAUGGUUGGUCCCUGCGAUCUGAGCCACGCCGUGUCUUUGAUGCAAUCAUAUUCAGCAAUGAACUGGACUUGCUAGAAAUCAGGUGGAAGGAGCUCUACCCUUAUGUCACUAAAUUUGUCAUCUUGGAAUCCAAUGCUACCUUCACAGGCAUCCCCAAGCCUCUCUUCUUCGUUGAGAAUCGCAAGAGAUUCGCCUUUGCUGAGGGGAAGAUCGCCCACGGUCUCUUCCCUGGCCGCCUUGCCACACACCGCUCUCACGAGCCAUUCAAAGUCGAGGCACAGCAGCGCCUAGCUAUGAACCAUUUGCUUCGCCUGGCCGGUAUAGCACCUGGUGACCUUCUGAUUGUUGGGGAUACUGAUGAGAUACCGACUCCUCAUACCAUUAAACUGCUGCAGUGGUGCGAGGAGAUACCUCCCGUGCUUCAUCUAGAGAUGAAGAACUUUGUGUACUCGUUCGAGUUCCAAGAGGACUACACCAAUUGGCACCCAACUGCUCAUGUUUUCAGCCAGUGGACGCAGUACAGACACUCGCGCCAAACUGAUGUCCUCCUUGCUGACUCUGGCUGGCACUGCAGCUUCUGCUUCCGAUACAUUAGUGAAUUCGUGUUCAAAAUGCAAGCAUACAGCCACGCGGAGAGGGUGAGGCGCAAGGACUUCUUGGAUCAUUCGAGGAUUCAGAAGAAAAUCUGCGAUGGGGAUGAUCUGUUUGACAUGCUGCCAGAGGAAUACACUUUCAAGAACUUGAUCAAGAGGUUAGGAUCACUACCUCGUUCCGCCUCUGCUGUUCAUGUUCCUGCGUACGUGAUUCAGAACGCGGAUAAGUUUAGGUAUCUCCUGCCCGGUGGCUGUACUCGCUCCCCCGGAUGAUUGUGCCUUGAAAGGGUAGGAUUGCUUUGAUGAAUGGAUUUUGGUUAAUACAGAAAUUCACAUGUUUUUAGCCUUUUUUGAAAAUUAUUUUCCCAAUUUCAG